GGUUACUCACGAGAUGUCCACUACAUUAGCUUCCACAAGAACGCUUUCGGUCGUCAAAGCAUCAACUUCGACACGAAAUGUGGGAAAAAAGUUCUCCAGUAACAGCGAUUUCAAGCAAAUACUGAAUCGUCUGAAGGUUGAAUUCGACAAAAAGUACAACAACCCAAAGGCGUCCACCAACGUGGGACUCAAUGAGUACGACGUGCUGAAAACCCUCGGAACCGGAGCAUUCGGGGUUGUGAAACUGAUCCGCCAAAAGGACCCCGAGCAAUACUUUGCACUGAAAAUACUUUCGAAGGAAAAAAUUAUCCGACACAAGCAGUUACAGCACACUCUCAACGAGAAACGAAUACUGCAGAGUGUGGCAUUUCCAUUUCUGGUAAACCUAGAGAGUUGCUAUAAGGACAAUUCCUUCAUAUACCUGGUGAUGCCGUUUAUCUGCGGCGGAGAGAUGUUUUCACUGCUAAGAAAGAAUAAACGUUUUGGAGAGGAGCAAUCGAAAUUCUACGGAGCUCAGGUUCUUCUGGCCAUCGAAUAUCUACACCACAUGAAUUUGAUAUACAGAGAUUUGAAACCGGAAAAUAUUCUUAUCGAUUCAAAGGGGUAUGUGAAAAUAACAGAUUUCGGAUUCUGCAAGUUGAUUAGGGAUCGAACCUGGACACUUUGUGGCACCCCAGAAUACCUAGCACCGGAGAUCAUCCAAGCGAAGGGCUAUGGGAAAAGCGUGGACUGGUGGUCAUUCGGUAUUCUAUUGUUCGAAAUGAUGGCCGGAUAUACACCAUUCUACACUCAUUCCAACGAUCAGAUGGUUAUGUUCGAGAAGAUUUGCAAGGGAAAAUUCAAAUUUCCUUCCAGCGUUGGUGGAGACUUGCGUAACUUGGUACAGAAUAUAGUGCAGGUUGAUCUGACGCGAAGAUUCGGGAACUUGAAGAACGGACCCAAUGACAUCAAGCAACACGCAUGGUUCCGUGGCACUAACUGGAUUGGAUUAAUGAACGCAGAAGUUACUGCUCCGUUCAUCCCGAAGGUUGGCGGUCCAGCCGAUACUUCCCACUUUGAUAUAUACGAUGAGCUUGAUAUGAAAGUGGCAUCGAAAUGUAUGUUCAUAAAAGAAUUUGUUGAUUUUUGAUCUGCUCUGAUAGUGCGAGUAAGUUUAUUGAAGAAAUAAUAAUUUAUAUAACGUUAAAUAAAAGAGAAAUUCAUUUAUAAGGUCUUUUCAAAAGAACAAUUCAUACCGUGUCAUAUGCUGUUAUGUUUGAAUCGUAAUAUUUUCAAUACUGCGGAAUCUUCAAGCUUAUGGCUCUACCAAACCUUGAGGUAAUUUUUCUCAUUGCAUUUUCCGGCUUACCAGUAUCGGUUCUACACUUAGGCAACUUUUUCUUAAGCUGACGUUUUAAACCGAAUUGUUUCUUGCUUGGACGCCCUCGUGUCGGCACUGAUCGAGGAUCAUCAUUGAUAACCAAGCGCCGCAUAUUAUCAAUAACGCCGGUCCCGGUAUCAUUUUGUUUGGCUACAUUAUUAACAUCCGUUGUAUAUUUUGUGAUGGGAUUGACCAAAACAUCGAUCAUUUUGUGCUCGUCAUCGGAAGUUGGGUUUGGUGUGUUAGGAGGAGCAGCAGUUUGCACAUUGUAGUAGCUUCUAUUUGGAACCAC